AUGAUCCCAGCAUCCUCCCGAGAAGUCGGCAACGCUGGUUCCAUGAUGUCAACAUCAAAUCCGCGAUACUACCCUACAGAUUAUCAAGCGCCUGCCUCAACUGUACCCUCCACUGGCCCCGCCGGCCCAACACACAUGCCCGCAACAUCGAAUAUACCCUCUCCUUCGUCACCACAGCUCCAUCCCACACACCCGUCAACGAGAUCAUUGGGGAGUUCCGAGCCGCCUUCCCCAAGUCGAAUCAAAGUUCGUUCCCUGUCGCAUAUUCAAAGCUUUGCUAGCGAAGAAUUCCUAGAGCAGUCCCAGCAGUCGAGAAGCGCUGCUGGUCGGGGGUCGGCUGAACUCGCCCGCCAGUAUGAAAUUAGCUCAAUGCCCGUGGCGGACAUCAUUGAAAUGGUGGCGGGCUUAUUGACGAAAAUAACCGCGACGAAUGACAUGCAGCAUGAACAUAUUCACCGCCAUAUUCCUCCCCCCGACGGUACAGCCAACCUGAGCGCGCAAGCGAGCAGUGUGCUUGCGUUUCAUGGCAAAAACGUGCCUUCGAUAACGAUCCUCAACUAUCUUGCGCGUAUACACAAGUAUUGUCCCACAACCUACGAAGUAUUUCUCAGCUUGCUGGUCUAUUUUGACCGAAUGACGGAGAUGGUGAACAGUCGACCUGUUCAUCGGAAGAGAAACAGAUUAGAGUCAACAUCAACGCGAUCUCAUUCUGCGUCCACCGCGACACAUGGGUCGUCGCUCAGUGGUUACCCAUCAGUGGUUACGCCUCCGUCUUCGAGUGGCAUUACAGCACAAGACUUGAAAUCCUCCGAGACUCCUAUCCCGUCGUCCUUGAACCUGGACGAGGACGAGGAGGACGACUUUUCUAAUUUUUUCGUUGUUGAUAGUUUCAACAUUCAUCGGCUGGUUAUUGCAGGUGUCACUUGUGCUAGUAAAUUCUUCUCGGACGUCUUUUACACCAAUUCCCGCUAUGCCAAGGUCGGAGGACUUCCUCUUGUCGAACUCAAUCACCUUGAGCUUCAAUUCCUUCUCCUCAACGAUUUCCGGCUGGCGGUACCUGUUGAGGAGCUCGAAGCAUACGGGACUAUGUUGGUUGAGUUUUAUGCUCGAGAGGUGAUUGCUCAGCAACAGCAACAACAGCAAGCUGUACAGGCUAGCAUACCUAGCACGCUCAACUAUCCAAGUCGCGAACACCACCGCCACCACCAUCGUCGCGAUGAGUCCGAGUACAGUCAGACACCAACACCACCACGAACAUAA